UUCCAGACACAUAAAUUUAGAGGACUCGACUACCAAGUACAUAUAGAUACAGGUGUAGAUGGUUGACCCCUUCAGCUACUUUAAUAUUAGCUGUAAGGGCAAACUGGAGUAAGUACCGCCCUACAUUCAGCCUACUCGCAAGGUUGUUUACAUGCAACAUGUGAACCAAAAACAAUGUGAUGUCGGAUACGUACGUAGUAGUUAUGUACGUGGAAUACGUACGUGAAAGGUAUGGAGGGUAAAUUCCAACGAAUGAGAUUUAGGCGUACGGUUCCAAAGGAAUCCUGGCUCUGAGAACAGACAUAACAAUAUAAAACAAGUGAAAAGGGCUGCUCUCCCCCCCUUUCUACCUGUUUCUGCUCUGUUUUCUUUCCAUCCCUUUACUGUUCAGAACAGGCCCCGUAAUAAGAGUAGGACGAGAGGCAAGAGUCGACGAGUAAAACAUUGGAGGCAAAGUCAUUCGUUACUAAAACCGGCCUGUACAAUAAUUCAACCACCCUCUAAGCAUCUAUCAACUCCAACCAACCACCAACAUACACUGCCAAUCGUUUAGAGAGCCUUAGCCACGUUUACAAUAUGCGAUCCACGCUCGCUUUCGUUUCCGCUCUUCUAAGCGUUGCUAUUGCGGCCCCUCAAGGCAUCACCGACAAGCUAACUCCGACCGGCGCUGCACCAGCUGGUUGCACAGGUAGCUUCGACGGCAAGUUUGAGAUCAGCGUCGCAGAGGUCACUGAAAAGAGAAGCGUUUCUCAGCCGCAGAAGCGCGCCGAGUGCGGCAGCGAUGGAGUUCUUGUGUUGACGUUGAAGGAUGGUUCAACAUUUGACGCCAAAGACCGAACCGGUUACAUCGCGUCUAACUACCAGUUCCAAUUCGAUGCUCCUGCCCAAGCUGGUGCUCUCUACACCAGCGGGUUUUCUCUCUGCGAGAACAACAUUGUCGCAUUGGGAGAUUCCAAGACCUUCUAUCGAUGUCUGUCUGGUGACUUCUAUAACCUAUACGAUCGCGACUGGGCUCCUCAGUGCUCGCCUGUCUCGAUCAUCGCCGUCCCAUGCGGUUCAGAUGAGCCGGCCUCGCAGAUACCCGAUGGUCAAAUUGUCGGUACUAGCGUUGUUCAGACUACUAUCGUCACCGCUUUGCCAGACGGCCAACCGCAGGUUGUUACGACUUCAGUCCCUGUUCCUAUCUGUCAGAUCGGCGAUGGUCAAGUGCAACAGGUUACUACGCCUUGCGCCUCGGUAACACCCAGCCCAACCAGCACGUAUGUGCCUGUGAGCGAGCACACGGAUGGCCAGGUCCAAGUCACGCCACCAGGCAGCGCACCCGCUCCCCCAGCUACCCCGACGGCCACUGCUACACCCGGAUCACCCGCUCCACCAGCCCCAUCGGUUCCAGUCUCAUCGGCACCUGGGCCCUCGGCUCCUGCACCCAGCAGCACCGGUGGUGUACCGAGCUCCUAUACUAGCGCAAGUGCAACAGCCAGCGCCAGCGCCAGCUCCAGCGCUAGUGCUACUGUUUCAGCGAGCUCAUCCUCAGCAAUCCCCAGUGCUCCUAGUGAGACUUCGGCACCGCCCGAGAGCGGGUCAUCGCGUAUCUCGGUUGGAUCUGUCGGUGCGCUGGUCUUCACCGCAAUGGUUGCAUUUUUCUACCUGUAAAUAAUAAAACCGGUAUAGUCUUCGGAUAAGUUUAUCAGACAGAAUUAUAUAGCAAUAAGGGUUGGGAUUGCUUUGGCUUGGAAAGCUUGGAACUAAUGCAUGUGUAAUACCAUCGUGAGAUGGUUUAAUGUGAGAUACGAGGGAUAUGAGGAGAAAUAGUUAUAAUAAUGAUGAAAACAUAGGAGUUAGGACAUAACGUAGAAAAAUGCAGAAAAAAUAAAUCUGUAGCAUGUAGGCGUAAUAUCAUGGCUUGAACUUCUUUGUCUUGGUGUCUCUACCAGCUCUCUGCCGGAAAAGGGACUAUUUAUCUAGGUGGUCUAGGUGGUAUAAGAGAAAGAAGAUGAGCACCUAGUUACACAGGUAGGUGCCUCCUAAGGUAGAGGUUGAUUGGGUUUGUUGAGAAAGCUAAAUCAUUCUAUGUUAAGCCUCGCAAAAAGGCGUCAAAAUAAGUGCCGAUUUUAAGUCUUGGGUAAAUAAUAUCCUUCUUUUGUAAGCUUAUUUAUUAGCAACCACAAUAGUAGAAAGUUCCCAAAAAUUGGAUUAAGAAAAUAAGGUCAUUAAAUUUUGAUCCUCAAAAGAAAUGAGAAAUUUCUAUUGGGAAAUGGCG